AUGCAGCUUCGUUCUGAUCUUUCUAUUCCACAUGUUGUCGAUUCUAAUUUAAUUCCAUUUGUUGAUUCGCCUACACAAGGUGUUCAACGUCGAAUGUUAGAUCGAACAGGUGAUGAGGUUGCUCGAGCUACAACUAUUGUUAAAUAUCAUUCAUUUGCACGAUUCCCUCGUCAUACACAUAGUGCUGGUGAAGAAUUUGUUGUAUUAGAUGGAAUAUUUUCUGAUGAUCUUUCUGGUGAUCAUGCUCCAUUAAGUUAUUGUCGACAUGGAAUUGAUACACAACAUGAGCCAUGGACAGGUGAACAAGGAGCUGUAAUAUUAGUUAAACUUCGUCAAAUGAAUGAUCGCACAGAAACACCAAUUGUUAUUAUUGAUACUGAAACUUCGAAUGAUUGGAAAACAAAAGAUACAAAUGCAAAACAACAACAUUUGGCCUUAUUUUCAAAUACAAAUACAGGUGAAUGUACAUGGAUGGAAAGAUGGGAAGCUGGUUUUGAAAGUGAUCAUUGGAUUGUUGGUCAAGGUGGUGAAGAAAUAUUUGUACUUAAAGGUGAUAUGAGUUUUGCAAAUAUUGAUGGAACAGAUGAUGAAAAUAAUAAGAAUACUUGUACACAAGGAUUUUGGAUAAGACGACCCAUUAAUUGGGCAGGACGACAGUUUAAAGUAAAAAGUGAAAAUGGAUGUCAAUUAUAUAUCAAGACAGGACAUUUAGCUAUGAAAUUUGAUGAAAUGCAAUAG